CAUAAUUUGCUAUUUGUGUUGUCUAAAGAAAAUAUGUUUGAUUAUAGUUUUAAUAAAUUAAUUUUAAUAUUUUGGAUAGCAAUAUUGUGUUGAAGUAUGCAAAGCAUAUGCAAGAGCUCAUGAAUAUGAUCCAUAAGAUGAUUAUUGAGAGCUUGGGCUUAGAGGAUCACUAUGAUUCACAUAUGAAUUCCCUAGCAUAUUCAAUAAGGUUCUCAAACUAUUAUAAGGACACAUUAGAUGAUGGAAUCAAUCUUGCUUUGCCUUCUCACAAAGAUCCAAACUAUAUAAGCAUAAUUUGCCCACACAACGUUGAAGGACUUGAAGUAGAGGCUGAAAAUGGUGAAUGGUUACAAUCAAAACCUAUGAAAAAUUCAUUUACGGUUUUAGUUGGCGAAGCAUUCAAGGCUUGGAGUAAUGGAAGACUUUACGCUCCUACUCAUCGAGUGAAACUGAAGAGUGAGACUGAAAAACGAUAUGCAGUGGUUUUCAGCACGAUACCAAAUAUCACAAAUGAUAUAAUAAGUGCUCCGAAAGAAUUGAUUGAUGAACAACACCCCUUACUUUUCAAGCCUUUCAAAUAUUAUGACUACGUGAAGUUUCGCUUUUCAGAUGAAGGAGAGAGAGUUGAUGAUGCCCUAAAAGCUUAUUGUGGUGUUUAGCGAAGUAUCGAGGCUAUUAGAUGUAUCGUGUGCUACUUGUUAUGUUUUUACAUGUUUUUCUUUCUUUUUAUCAUAAACCUUGUAAGUUUGAAGCGGUGUGCCUUUUCUUUUAAUAAAAGUGAUUAAAUUCCAC